GGGACUAAUACGCGUGCGAAUACGGCGUGCGGAAAACCGAGCGGCGAAACAAGUACACGUGCAUUAAUUGCAGUGGGUUUGUCUAUACGCGGUCGGAGCAGGGCGACGCGUCGUGCGCGGCGGACGGCCGGGUCACGGAGGGCCGUUCUGGACCAGUUGGACAUGUGGGCGAAGGGAUCCAGGACCAUUGGUCUAGGUCGUCGACUUUGAUGAGCCUGAAAUAAAUGACGUUUCCAUACCGAUCCAGAAAGGCCUGCACUUGCCACCUUCUCCUACCUUCUUCUUCGUGAGCGGCCGGCGGGGCGGUUCUGCAUUAUCGGCCACCGGGGGGGACGGCUGUCGCCGCCAUGGAUUUCCCGCUGGAUCCGGUGAGCAGUAUGCUUAUCUAUGCGCCGUAUCCAGCUGAGGCAGCAGUGCUGAGUUUACAAGGCGAGGACUCGGUCAGCAGUAACGCUGGUCCGGCGGCGGCGGGUGCGUCGGUGCCUGGGAACCUGGUGGACAGGAGUGGUGUGGGCGAUGCAGCUAGCUGCAUGGCUGGCCUGGAGAUGCCGUUACCCGCUGAUUCUGCGGCAUCAACUAGGCACGACAAUCCACAAUCCACAGUCUCCCGGGUGGACAAAGAGAUUCUGUUUCGGGUGUGCACCGCCAGAUAGAACUCAUUGUGCGGACCGGCUAAGCGCAUUAGAAAAAUCAGUGCGAUGUUAUGUAGAGAAGCUGGGCGACGAGGUCACCGGGUACAACUUUUGACUCGAUAACAGAGGCAUACAAUUUCUAUGGAAAGAGCCGGUUAAAUUCAGGGAAGACGAAAUGCAUGCAAGAAAUCAUAUAUUGCUGCUCGGGGAAGCCAACAGGUGAAAAUACGUGGUCUUUUUGCUGCAAAUGCCCUGCGAUGAUCUGGUUGUUGAGAUCUGCAGACAAUGGUUGUACAUUACUGAGCACCGGGUGAAUCACAAUCAUGUGUGGAUGGAGGCAUGCGGUGAGACAGCAUUCUGGCCUUCACACAGACACAUAGAUAUGUUCACUAAAGACUUGGUGAAACAGCUGACGGAUAACAACAUUAACAUUGGGAAGGUGUAGAGCAUUAUUGGAAGCUUUUUUGGCAGUGUGACAACCUCCCCUUCACGAAGCGCUCUCUCAGGAAUUUGUGUGGAUAGAUUAGCCGAGAAGAUGCAGAUAACGAUCUAAGAAAAACGAUUGAAGUUUUUGACCAGAUUGGUGCGAAGGACCCAGAUUUCGUGUUCAGAGUCCAGGCUGAUUCAGAUACGAGGAUCAAGAACCUCAUGUGGACAACAGGACCAGGCAGGCUGCACUACAAAUAUUUUGGCAAUGUAAAUAUGUAAUAACCUUUGACACGACAUACAAGACUAACUUGUAUGACAUACCAUUCGGUCUAUUCAUUGGGGUUAAUAACA